AAAACAAUACUCCUGUAUUUCAAUAUGUUGUUGCAGAUAGCUUUCUCGCUAACAUAUGUGGCGCCAAAAUCACCAAAAAAAACGACCCCUUACCUUAUUAUGAGAUUAGGCCACUUUUUUUUCGUUUGCUGAGCUCCACUGAAAAUUCCCACUGUUCUACUCUCAUCAGUCAUGGCUCUCCUAAUCAACACCAUAAACACAACAACAACAACAACAUCAUCACUCUUCAAUCUCCAAUCUCUUUCAUUCCUCAGCUCCUUUCCUCCAAAACUCUCUCAAUCAACGAGAAAACCUGUUCGAUUUCGUGUGUCUUUUAAAAAGUUCACCAUCUUUCAGGAAUUAAACAAUGGAAACGAAAUUGAAGACAAUAACUCCAACAAGAGUUCAGAAAGUCCCUCAAUUCCUCAACGAAAGAAGCGAUUAUCGGAGCAAUCAUCGUGGGAAGCAAAGGAUGCCAAGGGGAAUGAUUAUCUCUAUAGGCUUGGUGCUGAGGCUGAUAAUAUCAACAUUACUGUUGGUGCUAGGUCUGGAGUCAUUGAUGACCUCUUCGCUGGCAAUUUCCUCGGCAAAGACUCGGACAUUGUAUUUGACUAUAGGCAGAAGGUCACGAGGUCUUUUGAAUAUUUGCAAGGCGAUUAUUACAUCGCUCCUUUGUUCUUGGAUAAAGUUGUUUGCCACAUUGUAAAGAACUACAUCGCUCAUCUUCUGAACGUUAAAGUUCCUCUGAUCCUAGGAAUUUGGGGAGGAAAAGGCCAAGGGAAGACAUUCCAAACUGAACUUAUUUUCCAGGCUAUGGGCGUAGAGCCAGUUAUAAUAUCUGCUGGAGAACUGGAAUCUGAAAAGGCUGGCGAACCCGGUAGACUUAUACGGGAGCGAUACAGAACAGCCUCUCAAGUGGUCCAGAACCAAGGGAAACUGAGUUGUUUGGUGGUCAAUGAUAUUGACGCUGGCAUCGGUAGAUUCGGAGAUACUCAAGUGACAGUUAACAAUCAAAUUGUUUCUGGAACACUGAUGAACCUGGCUGAUAACCCCACCAGAGUUAGCAUCGGACAGAACUGGCGUGAAUCAGACGUUACACAUAGAAUUCCUAUUAUUGUCACAGGAAAUGACUUUUCAACAAUCUAUGCUCCUCUAAUCCGUGAUGGGAGGAUGGAGAAGUUCUACUGGCGGCCGAAUCAUGAGGAUAUUGUCAACAUUGUGAAUCGGAUGUAUGAGAAAGAUGGUAUAUCAAGGGAGGAGGUGGUCGGUAUUGUGAAUACAUUUCCCAAUCAAGCUUUAGAUUUCUACGGGGCUUUGAGAUCUCGUACAUAUGACCGAUCUCUUCUGAAGUGGGUUGAUGAUUGUGGAGGUGUUGAGAAUUUAGGAGCCACACUUUUGAAGCGAAAGAAAGGCGACAAACUUCCGGUCUUUGUGCCUCCUGAGCAAAAUGUUGAGGCUCUUCUUGAAUCAGGCUACUCUCUCGUCAAAGAACAACAGCUAGUCAUGGAGACAAGGCUUUCAAAAGAGUAUAUGAAAAAUAUCGAUGAGUAGAAUUCAUGAUACUUUCUUUUGUGAGAUGAUCUUUGUCUCACUAUUUGUCUGCAAAACUUCCUUGUAUUUGUUACUUGAUCUACAUAUACAUGCAUGAGAGUUGAGACAUAAUUAAGACUUGAUUCUUGGACAUGUUGGAUCACUUCAUAUUGAGGGUCCGUUGUAAAUAGGCAAAGUUGUUUCUCAGCUUCUAGAUAUAUAACGAGAAGAUUUUGACAGUUUUUGGAACAA